CAGUGUAAACUUCAGACUUUCAACUCAUGGUAAACUCUUUACAGCCUUAAGAAAAAAAAAAAAAAACAACACCUAACUCUGCUAAACAGUACACAACACACUUGAAUGUGUGCCAAAAAAUUUCUACAUCACGUUACAAGCUAGAGCCUGAGCUCGCAGCCAAAAUGAGAUUAGCCCUGCACACUUUCAUCUGCUGCUGUGUUUUCACCACCGUCCUGCCACUGGUAAAAGGUGCCACAGGGGAGCGCAACUCCAGCCUGAAAAAACGGUUUAAAGUGUGGCUGCAGAGCCGCACGAAGAGAGACCUGGACAGCUUAGUGACGGCCAAUGAGGAGUGCUCUGACGUCGUCAGCGUCGCCAGUGUUGGACCACAACAGGGCGAAGAUGCAAAAACUGUUUCACCUCCAUCAAGCUUAGGGUUAAAUAUCAGACCCAGGAGGUCAACAUCAUCCAAACAAUCUGGCUGCGUCCUUGUCACAUGUAUAUACCAGGACCUGUUCCACCGACUGCAUACCAUUAGCAACAACCAAAAAGAGGCCACUGCCCCUAAGGAAAAGAUUGGUGUGAAUGGCUACGGGCGCCGCCGCCGCCGCUCCCUCCUGGAAGUCACUCAGCUUGCCCUCCAGACAGGAAGACAAAGACGGAGCAUUGAAGCUGCUUCCAAAGAGUGCUUGGCAGCUGAGAUAGAGGACAGUUCCUGAAGAUCUUCUCUGAAAAUACCCAUGAACUCGAGAGGAACCGAAGCUGCGAUGAGAAAGGGGAGGAUUUUUUUUGUUUGUUUGUUUGUUUGCUUCCUCAAGAAAGUGACAUUACUGGACCCCAAACUGUCACAUUCAGGAUCCUCUAACAAGUGAACUGAAUGUGGUGAAGUGCAAUUUAUACAAUAUGUACUAAGCCUAUAUAUAUAUGUAAUUAUCAGCUUGUAUAUAAGGAUAUAUAAAGCUACCUUAUAUUUAAGCAUACAAUACAGUUAUAUUUUUAUACAGCCAAUUCAUAUUAAACAUGUCUUUUUUUUUAUUUUUAACUUCGAUGAAGUAUAUGAUACAUCUUAACUGUGUAAAUAAAUAUGUAUGUGAAUUAAGUAUCUGACUUAUGUGUAUUCCAAUUGUCUUAACAUUAUUGUGAUGAUUAUACCUUACUGGAAAUUAAUCAUAUUAGAGAUGUUUUAAAGGCAUUUGUUUGAAUGGUAAAGGGCAUACAUGGCAACUCAAAAGCGAAGAGGUUAUUUUGUUUUUUGGCCAGAGUUUAGAAGCCAUGGAAAAUGAUGGAGAGGCUCUUUUUUUUUUUUUUUUUUUUUGCUAUGACGUAGACGGACUGAUGAGCUAAUACAAGUGCUGUGCUGCCAUCUAGCUUUACAGUAGGCUACAUGUAACAAGUGCAGGGCCAACUGUACAACUGGUACAGUUUUUGACAUUUAUCUGCUUGUUUGAAUGUAAUAAAUCAUAAUUUACUCAUAAUUUAGCUGAAAUUACUUGAAAUGGUUAUAAAAGGUAACAUGAUUUAUGUCUUGUUGUGGCAAACAUGUCAGGAAUUGUAAUUGUUUUCAGCUGGCUGCGAUGUUUUUGAAAUAAAUGAAUGAAUGCAACAAUGACAAGAA